UAUCUAUACAUCGACUGCUCGGCAGAUCUUUUUUCUCUCUCCUGCCUCUCCAUUCCACUCUUGUUCGCUCCCACGCUUGCAACAUUUUUUGUCUUGUAUACGCAUCAUUUAUUUGUCUGCUACGAUUCAAAAUGCUGGGUGUCGAGAGGAUGAUACUGGAGCGUGCCGCCGCCGCCGCUGCUCCACGCCCGAGCCCGACAGCGUCGUUUGUGAAUACGGCGUUGAUGAGUGUGGCUAUCUCACUGCCUAUAGUGGCGACGACUUGUGUGAUAUUGAGACUCAUGACCAAGAGGUGGAAGAUCAAUAAGGCGUCUGCGGCGGAUGACUGGUGUAUAAUAUUCACUUUGUUGAUGUGCUGGGGGCAUAGUAUCAACACUUUCGUGGCUGCUGGUAUGGGUGGAAUAAACACUAUUACUGUUCCUCCACGGCUUUACGUCAACAUUGCUUUGAGGGCACUAUGGCUAUCGACUUUUUUCCUCGUUACGGCUCUCUACACCGUCAAAAUCUCCAUCCUCCUCUUCUACUGGCACAUCUUCUACAUCAAUGAACGCUUCCGAAAAGCCUGCAUAGUAAUGAUGGUCAUCCUAACCAUGUGGUGGAUCUCCUCCAUGACAUGCGCAAUCCUCGUCUCCGACCCAAUCGGCGCCUCCUUCCACGACGCGGCGCGCGCAAAACACCGCUACGACUUCAACGCCUGGUACCUCGCCAACUCAGGCAUCUCCAUCGUCUUCGACAUAACGAUCCUCUGCUUCCCCAUCCCCGUGAUAAGAACGCUACGCGUCGACUUCAGGCGCAAGCUCUCCAUCAUCGGCAUCUUCUGGCUAGGUGCCUUCGUCUGCGUCUCGGCCAUUGUCCGCUUCGUCCUCUUCUAUAACACCUACUACAAGCUCGAUCCGAACUACUCGCGCAACACGUUCAGCAAUAUCACGUAUGCCUUUAUCUGGGCGGAGAUUGAACCGAAUUGCAGUGUUAUUGCCGCUUGCUUGCCGACGUAUGGCCCGUACUUUAAGGCUGAUGGGAUUGUGCCCAAGUUUAUCUCGAAUGUGAAGCAGUCGUUUGGUAUGUCGACCAGUGCGUCGUCGGUGGUGGCGUCGAAAAGUGGGCAGGGGUCUUCGAAUACUCCGUCCAAUGUGUUGAAUAGCUACCAUGAGCAGCCGCAGCCGUCGGGGGCGUAUGUGGAGCUCGAGAAGAUGGAUAGCUCGCAGAAGGGCGCUGGUGAGAUUGUUGUUGAGCGGAAGGUUACUGUUUCGGUGGAUCCUAGAGAGAGGUAUGAUUUGGAGCGCGGGGAAGGGGUUCGAAGGUGA